GCCCCGCCCCGCCCCGCCCCGCAGACCGGGGCUGCGCCGAGCUCCCCGCCCCGCCCCGCCCCGCGUCCGGAGCAGCCUCCGCGGAGGGAGGUCGGUCGGUCGCAGAUGGAAGUUUGGGUUUUCUGGCUCUUACUUUUUUGUGGCGUAUUUUCUGGAGAAGUUCUUGGUUUUCCAAAUGGAGGAGUCACCUCAGCUUGUGAUUCUAUGCCACCAGGACAUGGUAGCUCUGUUCCACAGACCACCUCAGCACCUUACUAUAUCUCUGUAUCCAACACCUCCUUUGGUCCUGGAGACAAGAUCAUAGUGACUCUGCAGGCAAAUGACAGCUCUAGCUUUAAAGGAUUUUUGCUACAGACACGAACAAUCCUUGGAGAUGUUGCUGUUGGUACUUUUCACAUCAUAGAUGCAAACACACAAGGUCUUUUGUGUAACAAAAUUCUGAAUUCUUCUCUGAGUCAAACAAACCCUGAAAGUAAGAAAAUUAUAAGAGCAAUUCGGGUAGCACCAGCAGACAUAGGAAAUGUUGAAUUCAGAGCAACUGUUGUUCAGAGUUUGAAUGUAUUUUGGACUGAUGUCAAAAGCCAAACUCUUAUAUCUUCUAGCCACCCCACACCUGUGACUUCUGGGCAUGUGGGUUGCGGCACAAAGAAGUUCUGUUUCAGCAGCCCUGCUGGGUGUAAUUUGGAUGACCCAAGCUGUUAUUUCAUGUCUUCUGAGGAAGAAGGUGGAGAUGCUUUUAAAUUUGAAAUGAGUGGCCUGUCUGAUGGAUACAUAUCCAUUGGGUUUUCCGAUGACAUGCAAAUGGGGAAUGAUGACAUUUAUAUUUGCACUAAGAAUUCAGCAGGACGGAUAGAAGUCCAACAUGCCUUUUCAACUGGACGAACUACUCCUGAAAUUUUGCCUCUGGGUGAUGUGCAGAACACAGUGACUUCCUUUAACAAUGGUAUUAUCAAAUGUUCUUUUACUACAAAAAAUGCCAUGUCAACUCAUUUGAAAGCUGCCGGCACUUCUUACUUCAUAUUUCUGGCUGUUGGACCAUCAGUGUCUGGACAGAUACAGAAGCAUUCAAAGAUACCUUUUAUCACAAAUGAGAAAGUGAAUAUUUCAAGCUAUAUGGCAGUAGGUGGCACCAGUUCUACACCAUCCAUUAUUAAGGCUCAUGGGGCUCUCAUGUUGAUAGCCUGGAUGACUACAGGAAGUAUGGGAAUGCUAUUUGCUAGGAAUGUGAAAAAAGCCUCUCACAGUCUUCUCCUUGGCAAAGCUGUCUGGUUUCAGGUUCACUGGUGUCUGAUGGCGUUAACUGUAGCAAAAACAACAACUGCUUUCAUACUAGCCUUUGUAGCAGCAAUGGGAUGGAGUAAUCUUUAUUUCUAUUGGAUAUCUGCCUGAACUGGAAGCCUUGAGCCAAGUCCAGAGAACCUCUGAAAUAUGCUAGGAAAGUUCCUAUCAAAAUUUCACAAUUUGGAGCUUUCCCUGUAAUUGGCCAGAAUGGCUUUACUUCGCAUUCCUGAGUAGAGUACCUGAUAUUAAUGGGACUGCCUGAGGCUUAAAUGUCUAUGCUUGCAAGUCAGUUUACAAGUUCGGGGUCACAACUACUUGCAAAUUUCCUACCUGCAAUAUAGUUCAUAUCUUUCCAAGUAAAGUACUGCAACUCAUGACCCUGUUUUUGUUACUGUUCCCUGUCAGAAUACUGUUUUGCUUUAACCAAAAAAAAUCUGCUCAAGAUGUAUAUUACUAACAAAUUGCUAAAUUUUGGAGAGAGGGGGUUUGAAUAGAAAGAGAUGAUUUGUUAUUAUAUUGAUGUUGUGUUUUGCUGCUUAUGGGAGAUCCAUUUCAUACAUGGAUCUCUUCCUAGAAAUAUAAAGAUUCAUCACCAUGCACUGUCACAACCCAAGGGUGUGAUUUUUUGUUUGUGUGCGCUUCGGCACUGCUAAAUUAUUUUCCCGCCAUUUGUAGCUUUCUUUGCAGGGUGCAUUUCUUAGCUGAAGAAAGGAGAUGCACGUUGCAAGGAGUUCCCGCCAUUUGUAUUCAGAUUCGUGCCCCACUAUUGGUCAGUUCUAAAUUAUUCCUACGUGGCGGCUAGCAAUUGGCUUGCUAGCCGUAUAAGAGGCUUGAGUGGUUUCUGCCCAAGUUGGAGAACUUGGAAAACUCCGAGGAGAACCCUGCAAGGGAGGACUCCACGAACAUCAGGAGGAGGAGACUUCACGUCUCGUGAAGAUCUCUAAGCGCUGCGGAGCCUAUUGGACCCAGCGUGAAUAUCAAGAAGGCAACAGGGGUCUGAUCAGCCUCUCGCCUCUCCCCGUCGCUGAACGAUCCCUCGACAUACCCUUCCCUGCGCACAAGCCUAGCAAACUUCGUGUGAGUCUAUUCAGAGCUCUUUGCUUUGAGUACUUUCUUCGGUUGGCGCGACACGCUCGCGGUUUAGAGCCUCCAACCGGAUGGGCUAGAAGAAUGUUCACGGGAAGGAACUCUAGUCCGCCUCUCUUCUUUUCUAUCUGUAACUGUAACUCAAGCAAGUUUUCCUGCCUGCACCGCAACCAUCUUCAGUGUAAGUAAAAUAAUCUUAAAUCAA